AUGUGCGGUGCAGGCGACAAUGAAGUGGUCAGGUGUCAGCAGUCGCUCAUUGAGCAGUUCAGGAAGCUGACGGGCGUGCUGAACGACAAGUGCAACGUGAUCCAGUCGACGCAGCUCUCUAAAGAUGAAAAGUUUCAUACGGUGAGUCAGGUCUUGAACCCACAGGUCGCGCAUAUAGCCACCGAGAUACAGUACUUGGAGGAGACCCUCGAAUCGCUAUUGAAGACGGAUUGCUCCACUGUGGUCAACGAGACGGUCGAUAAUGAGAGUGAGUUCCAGUUCAACAUGCAUGAGGAAGGUGCUGGUGAAUAUGGCGAACCAGAGAUAGAGAGUAAGAUACCAAAGCAGGACUCGCACGGAAUAAGUGGCGCAGAAUUGAGCGAUAGCGGAGACGACAACGUUGAGAUUAUUGGCUCGUCCUCACUUCAGCAGAUUGUGCUUUCCGACGAGGACCAAGAUGACGUGGAGAUUCUUGAGGAUUUCGAGGAAGAUCUGCAAGAAUUGGAUGGCAAUGAAGACCUGCUGCAGGUUGCUGCAUGGAACAGAGUAGAUAACGAUGAAAUAGAACUGCCGCCAAUUCUGAACGACGCACCGUUACCCACGCUCCCUGAUAGGGAAGAGGAGCAGACACAGCCUACAUACCGAUGGACAGAUGAGCUUUACUACCAUUUACAGGCUACAUUCAAGCUAAAAGGUUUUAGACCAAAUCAGUUAACCGCCAUAAACUCCGUGCUCUCGGGCAAAGACGUAUUCGUACUAAUGCCCACAGGCGGUGGCAAAUCGUUGUGUUAUCAAUUACCUGCCCUUGUAAAGUCAGGAGAGACGAGGGGCACCACCGUUGUCAUAUCUCCCCUGAUUUCGCUAAUGCAAGAUCAAGUGGAACAUUUGCUGGACUUAAACAUAAGGGCUUGCAUGUUCAACUCGAAAAACUCAGCCGCUCAGCGGAACGAAGUUUUCAACCUACUGAUCAACGGUGACUUGGACCUGAUCUAUAUGUCCCCGGAAAUGAUAAAAGCUUCUGCUCAGUGCCAACGGGCACUGGGGACUCUUUACAAGAAUCGUCAGCUUGCUCGAAUCGUCAUUGAUGAGGCGCAUUGUGUCUCUAACUGGGGGCACGAUUUUAGACCAGACUAUAAGCAACUAAGCUAUUUCAAAAUGCAGUACCCUGAGAUACCCGUGAUUGCACUAACAGCAACUGCUAACAAACAAGUCCAAAGUGAUAUAAUAAACAAUUUACGCCUGAAAAGCGCCGUACAACUAAGGCAAAGUUUCAACAGGGAUAAUCUCUUUUAUCAAAGUAUACCGAAGAACAAUAAAACAAGCAUACCUUUGAUUGUGAACUCCCUGAAGACAGUGUUUAGAGGUCAAUCUGGUAUCAUAUAUUGUCAUUCCAAAAUUGCUUGUGAGAAAUUAACAGCCUUACUCAAAAAGGAAGGUAUCAACUGUCGAUUUUAUCAUGCAGGCAUGGAUACCACAGACAGGGAACUUGUUCAGAGAGGUUGGCAGGCAAAUCAAAUCCAAGUCAUCAUUGCCACUAUUGCGUUUGGUAUGGGGAUCGAUAAGAGUGACGUGAGGUUUGUUUUCCAUUACACAGUCCCAAGGACACUAGAAAAUUACUAUCAAGAAACUGGCAGAGCGGGAAGAGAUGGAAAAUUUUCAUAUUGCAUUACAUUCUAUUCUUUUGCUGACAUUCGAACACUUCAAAAAAUGAUUCAGAGAGAUAGAAAACUAGAUAAGUCCAAUAAGUUGAAACAGCUGGAAAACUUACAGCAAGUUAUGAACUUCUGCGAUAACAUGAUAGAUUGUCGAAGAAAGCUGAUCCUCUCAUAUUUUAACGAAUCCUUUGAUGUGAAAGACUGUAAUAAUAACUGUGACAACUGCGCCAAACAACAUUUUAAGAGCGAAACUGACGGUUCAAAUACCAAUGUGGAGGACGAAGAAAAGGACAUUACUGAUAUAGCUCUGAGAAUUGUCGAGUUGGUACGCAGCAUCCAGGAUGAAGUAGUCACCACAUCGUAUUGUCAGGAUGUUUUCAAGGGGUCUAAUAUGUUGAAGAUUGUUCAAGCGAAUCAUCAUAUGCUACCCGAGCACGGUACAGGUAAAUCACUGCGUAAAGUUGACAUCGAAAAGAUAUUUUUCCAUUUGAUUACGUUGAGAAUACUACAAGAAUACUCCAAGACAAAUGGACUAGGCUUUGUUUCUAAUUAUGUGAAAGUUGGGCCAAAUGUGAGGGACCUUAAAACCCCCGAUUGUUCUAUUAAGCUACGAUUUUUCAAGGAAACCAAGAAAAGAGUACCUUUGCAAAAUGGAUCCCCUUCAGAGAGUACAGCAUCUGCUGAUGAUAAUCUACCAUUCAUUAAAGUGUUAAACAAAAGGCGUCUAUCAAUGCUAACAGAACCUGUACGUGCUAUUGCCCAUACUCCGACCUCACCAAGGUGGGCUUCGAAUAAGUCUAAUUUCCGAGUCGACGAAAGGGAGCUGCAAUACCGAAUAAAAGUAGUUGAUGCAAUCCGCGAUGGCCACUUGACAAAUAUUAUCGAAGACGACUCAGCGACCGCACUGAGUCCAGGUGGAAAUAAGAAAAGGAAAUCAUUCAAACGUAAGAGAUCAAAAGGUUAUCGGAGAAAGUCUGUCAAAAGAGGGUAA